AUGGACGGCGCGCCGUGGCCCUCGCGGUGGCCUCCGCCGGCGGCCCCCGCUGCGCCGGUGCCACCGCUGCCGAGCCAGAUGGACGGCGUCACUCUGCGCCACCUGCUCCGCCCCUUCGCCGCGCAGGAGGCCGCGGCGGCCGGCCGAGUGGCAGCAGCGCCAGAGCACCUGGUCGCAAAUCAUUUGACCUCGCAAUCCGGCCUGCCUGCGAGAGCGGGGCCGGGCAAUGAGUUGCUUGCUCAAGUUCCGGGGAGCUAUUCCACUUUCGGUCUUGCGCCGGACCUUACUCGGGCAAAUGCGAGCACUGCUGCUGCUCAUAUCAUUGAUCUUACUCGGGCUGCUCCGCUCAGCAGUGCUGCCACUCUGCCCAAGUAUCCGAGACAUGGAUUGUCAGCUAGCAGUAGCAAUGAGCAGUCCUCUAUUGGAGCGCUUUUCCUGAACAAAAGUGCUAAUGGGAUGGGUACUUUUACCGGGGAAAGUUCGGCUAACGAAGGAAUAGCAAAUGGUGAUGUGCAGUUUCAGGACUCAAGUGUCCAUGCACUGCAGAAAUUGCCAUUCAAAUCGAUGACUCAUCAGCAUCCUACACUGCCUGGUGAUCGUAUCCGUGUCACCUGUAUGAAUGUUGGUGGAGAGUUCUUUGUGGGUGAAGCUGGGCUUUUUGGAGUCAUUUGCUUGUGUCAUCGGUUGCGAAUGUCUGUAGCUAAAUUCUGUGAGCAUGCUGGAGGAACUCCAGAAAAUGCUGGUGAAAUUGUCCGCGUGGAGAAUGGCAUGAGUAUUGCACAAUGGUUCAAAUUCUGCAUAGGGGUGGGAGGAUCUAUUGCUAACAUCAGGUGGGAUUGGCCGGAAUGGGCAUGUAUGAAAAGUUCUCCAGAAGAACACAUAUUGAAAAGUCUUGCAUCAAGAAACAGCGGAACAGGAAAAAUGGGGUUAUUUGGUAGAUUUGAAAAAAUCACUGGAUCUAUGAACAAACCAGCUUAUUCCGGUGAUCUGUCCAUUGAGGGUGGAGGACGCACUAAUGUUGAGAAGCUAGUAAACGGGUCAGAUGAAACAUAUUACAGAAAGAAUGUUGAUGUGCACGAAGCUUUUACAAAGAACUCUGCUUUGCUUCAGAAUUCCGCUACGAUGAAUUUAGGGCUCUCUAAAAACCAUCCACUUCAUGCGUUGGACUUGAACCCACUUACCACUCCUAGUGGAAGCCCACACUUUGAAGCAAGCAUGGGAAGACAUUACAAUGGAAAUCAUUUGGCCCAUAGUUAUGGAAUCCGUUUGGAGAAAAACUUUGAUGCGUCCUUUUGUAAUCCUAUGCCACGUUCUACAGGAGUUCUGAACCAUGAUAGUAGGGCGUGCAGACCAAAUUUCCCCCAUAAAACAUUCCAGGACACUGUGAGCAAUGCUUCAAACACUGAAUUAAUGCUUGGGCAAUCUUCUUAUCAUCAAUCUAUGACUACUCUUUUUCCAUUGGGGCAGUCAGCGAUGAUUGAAUUUCAGAAACCUCAGACACAUAGGCCACCGAUAAAUCAAAAUCCUUGUCCAAAGCAAGCAACAAAGAUCAACAAAAGUCUAUCUGAACAUAAUGAACCAUCCAUUAGUACUGGAAAUAAGAAGCAACCAGUUGAAGUUGUUAAUGGCACGAAGCAUUCUGAAGGUGAUGAGCUUACGGAUGAUACAUCCAAGAAUUCAUUUAUCUCAUUAUUUCUUUCACACCUUGAGAGGAAUAAUACACCUGAACCCAUCGAUGACAUUCUCAACAGUAAUGAGCACUAUCUUCCUAAGGCCCUGGAUGUUGCAUGUGGUUCUGAUCAUCCAGAAAGUGCCACUAGACAGAUUGAAACAAGGGCGGCUAAUGAUAAUCACUCAAAGUUGACCUCAGCCAUUGAUCAUAUGAAAAGGCGAUCAGAGGGCAUUUCUCUUUCAGUGGCUUCUUCUGGAUACAAUCCUCAAGAUGCAUCCCAUCCUAAGAGUCAGGAACAUUUGAUUCAUGGUGAUUCCCUGUCACAUUUGCUGCCUAGUCAACCUAACACUGGAAUCUCGAAAAUUUCUGCAAGAGUUUCAUGUCAUGCAAAUUGCAUGAGCUGCACUCAUGUGGGUAAUAAAUCCCAUCAGGUUGCACAUGGUGAGAUUGGGAUUCCCUGUUUCUAUGAUAAAAUGGCCAGGGGCCAUGGUACUUUUGAGCGAGUUGAUGACUGCACACAUAGAAGUUUGAGAGCUUUUGCAAAAAUCAGCUGCGAGAAUGGGAAAUCUUGUUGUUCUUCUCGGCAGCUUCUACCUAGCUUUUGCCAAAAUGAUCAGUCAACACUGGGAAAAUCGAUUUGUGGAUGCUGUUGCAAAAUUCAGGAAGAUGUUUCCAAGCUUGGUUUUAUACCUGGUCACUUGUGCAGGACUCAUUUUUCUAGUGAUGUUGGUCCAGUUCUAGCCAAUAAGCCUACUCUUGAAGGGCUAGAUGAAUUUUGUGCUUGCUCCACUUUUACACAAAGAUCAUCAUUAUGUUCUCGGGAAUACAUCUUGCAGUCUUCCUGUUACUCAUGUCCCAUUGAUGGACUGCACUGCAGAAGUUCUACGGGACAUGCAGCAGAUAGCUUCACAAAACAUUCUCUAUUUGAUGCUCUUAAUACAAAAGAACGAGGUUCUUGUUGCGAUGGAAGAUGCUGCUACUCUGUAGUACCAAAAUGUUUGUCUAGUUGUGGCUUUACAAAACACUGUGAUGUCAGAAUUGACCAAAUAGGUCAUGCUGCACCUAAAGGCAAACAUCAGCUGCAAAUGCCUACCAGAUGCUGCACACUGGGGGAGAACGAGAAGUUAACAUGCCAAUGCUUAAGCAAUAAAAUAGCUGUAAGAAACUUGUCUCAAACUUCUCAUUGUAAAGAUGUCUCCGAUAAAGUAAUGAACCAGCCUUCCAUUGCUAUACCGGAGAGACUGGCGAAUGUAUCCGAAGCUUCAGUGGCUGAUGACAGUUCAUCCAAAGCUGUAGCAGAGAAAAAGGAUGCUUAUAGAGAUUCUGUAGUAUCUAAAGGACAGCCAAAUUUUGGUUUCUCAUCUGGAUCAUCAAGCAUUAUAGUGACAAAGUUUCAGACGUCUCCUGAAUUUAACAAUGUAUCCUCCUCUACUGCUAAACAUGGCAAACAUAAAAAUCUAUGUGAUGAAGGAUCAAGAAUCGAGAAAUGUUCAGCAUCCAGCUAUGUUCCUACCAGUACAGGAUGUGAAGAACCCCUAAAUAGUUUUGCCAAAUCUGAGCUGGGCCCAUCUAGAGUGAAGCGCAAAUGUAAUCAGAUUUCUGAGGGAAGGAGACUGGAAGAAAAGGAUAAAGAGGAGCAUUGUUUUGAACUGCCAAAAAAGACUAGAACGUUGAGGUGCCCUGUUAAAGGUUCUGAAUCAGAUGAUUGUACUAGGGCUAGUUCCCAGUCGACCCAAAAGGGGGGUUAUCAACCACAAAAUGAGGUUAACUCAUUUUCUUGCAGGGUGUUGAGAACCAAGCGGAAACAUCCUAUUAUGCAUCUGAAUAAGCCUGUGAAACGGCUUCACAGCCAGAACAAGUUUUUCGAAGGUGACGAGCAACCAGAUGCCAAGGGCAAUUUUCUUGGUGGAUUAAAUUCCUCUGAUAGAAAAAGGCAAGUAGAGGAUAUGAGCACUCCGGAUAGAACAAAGCAUCACCAGGAAGGGAGUCGAGCAUUUGUCCGCAAACUGCCUAAAUAUGUGUCUCUGAAUUGCAUUGUUAAUGAACCUAACACUAACAGUGAAGGUGCUUGCAGCGGGAGUGGUGGGAUUGAUUCUAGUUUAAUUGCUACAGGGAUUACAAACGAUAACCGGAAAUCUCCUAAAAUUGUUCCUCUCAGUCUGGUUCUUAAAAAGGCUAAGAGAUGCCAUGCUGUUAAACUCUGUAAGACAGAAAGCACCCACUUGUAUGAGGAGAAAAGCUCAGAUUGUUCUGUGAACAGCUCAGAUUAUUCUAUAGAUAAGUAUUCCAUUGAUGAUGAAAAUUGCAGUCCACAAGCUGAAUAUGAACUGCAGGAUUCCAAAAGGAGCAGGUAUUCAUCUAAUGAUUUGAGGUCACAUGUGGCUCACCACAAAAGAACAUCUGGUGUUAUUGGAGAAGAUGGCUCUCUUGGUCUAACAGAUGUGGAAACAAAUCGCCUGUCAAUAUCAUCAUCAAGUAAUGGGACUAAAAAUCGAAGAACAAGUGUAUCCCUUACUAGGAUUAGGAGGCAUAAGAAAUUCAGAAGCAAAUCAACAUGCUAUUCUGGCAGUGACAAAGACAAUGCUGCGCUAGCCCAGGAAGUGAAUGCUAGGAGAUACAGUGGAAGGCUCAACUCAGAUGCUCCAUGCUGUGUUUGUGCGAUCUCAGACCUGGAGCCUUGCAAUCGAUUGAUAGAGUGCAGCAAGUGCUAUAUCAAAGUGCACCAAGCCUGCUAUGGUGUUCUAAAAGUUCCUAGAGGUCAAUGGUUUUGCAGACCCUGCAAGACUAAUACCAUGAACACAGUCUGUGUGCUGUGUGGUUAUGGAGGUGGAGCUAUGACAAGGGCACUGAAAACCAAGAACAUUCUGAAAAGUUUGCUCAAAGGUUUGAUGACUACAGAAAGAUCAGAAAAUUAUGUUGAUUCCUUAGGAAAUGCAAGCAGUGAGUGUACAAGCUUGCGAAAUGCAGUAGACAGUGCACAUGGGGAUAGCAUUAUGAAUGCGGAGAACAUCACCAGCAAUUCCUGGACCUCUGUUAAACACAAUUCGAGUUUACUUGGACCACGAACAAUGCAGUGGGUUCACAUGGUCUGUGGGCUGUGGACACCUGGCACAAAAUGCCCAAAUGCCACCACAAUGAGCGCUUUUGAUGUUUCAGGUGCUUCACCUGCCAAGAGAGAUACUGCAUGUUCAAUAUGUGACAGAACUGGGGGCUCAUUUAUCAAGUGCCGAGAUGUAAAUUGUUUGGUACUCUUUCAUGCUUGGUGUGCAUAUCAGAGGGGUUUGCUGCAAAGUGAGCCUGAAGGUGAGCACAAUGAAAAUGUUGGCUUUUAUGGGCGAUGCAUGGAUCACGCCAUUGAUUUUUCUAGUCACGUUAAUCCUAAGAAAGAAUACUUGAGAAGCAACAAUUGGACAUGUGCACGUACAGAGGGUUUUAAAGGCCGAAGGGGAGAAGGCUUUUCUGUUAGUAGUCAUAAGAAAUAUGAAGAGUACAGUGGUGAGUUCAGUGUUUCCCAAGAACAGAUAAAUGCUUGGUUACGCAUAAAUGGUUCAAAGCCUUGCGGAAGAGGACAGAAGGAGUACAUCCAUUACAAGCAGUUAAAAGGGUGGAAGCAUUUGGUUGUGUACAAAUCUGGCAUACAUGGACUUGGUCUCUACACAUCAGUCUUUAUUCCACGUGGCUCUAUGGUUGUAGAGUAUGUGGGUGAAAUUGUUGGGCAACGGGUUGCUGACAAAAGAGAGAUCGAAUACCAGUCCGGGAAACGGCAACAAUAUAAGAGUGCAUGUUAUUUCUUUAAGAUUGACAGGGAGCAUAUUAUUGAUGCCACCCGCAAAGGUGGGAUUGCAAGAUUCGUCAAUCAUUCAUGCCAGCCAAACUGCGUUGCGAAAAUAAUCUCUGUCAGGAAUGAAAAGAAGGUAAUGUUCUUUGCAGAACGGCACAUAAACCCAGGGGAGGAAAUUACGUACGAUUACCACUUCAACCGGGAAGAUGAAGGCCAGAGGAUCCCUUGCUUUUGUAGAUCAAGAUACUGCAGGCGGUACCUCAAUUAG